AUGCAGUUGCCCAACGGCUUCACUGCCAUCAAGGAUGCAACAUCAGAAGGUCAAAGCGUCAAUCUGAUAGGCGUUCUUGUCGCUUGCGAUGGCCCAAAAUCCUCUAAAGGGUCCGACCAUGUUCUUUCCUUCACUAUCCAAGACGACUUUGCGGACGCCUCUGCCAGUACCUACUCCUCCAUAAAUGGUCGCAUGUUCAAACCACCAAAUAGGUUUCCUAAGAUCUCUGGUCUUGGAGACAUCGUAAUCCUUCGUAAUGCCAAGCUUAAGGAAUGGAAUGGGCGUAUGGAAUGCAUUGGCGACAGACAAUUUACCCAUAUGACCGUAUUCCCUAGCAGCUUGAUUCCUGUCCCGGAGCUCAGCCAUGCCUACCAAGCUGGCAGUCAAAAGCUCCCUUGCGAUUCGUCUUGGGGGGCUUCGCAACCCACCAUCCCAGAGCAAAUGGCUGCCAUACACCUGAAACACGCCUCUUCUGGUUCAAGCCAGCAACUACGACAGCAUGCAGCGACGACUGCGUUCAAGACCCAAACAGGGAAAAAGGACUAUUUGAUUAAAGACUUGCAGUUUAACACUUUCGCGAACAUCCGAGCACAGGUUGUCAACAUUUACCACUACCAUGGCCAAGUCGACUUGAAAGUUACCGACUACACUCCAAACGAGAGCAUGUUUUAUUACGCCGAUCCUGAAAAGGAAGAUAUCUUUCACGUUGUAGAUAGACACUGGAAAGGUCCAUACGGAUACUUGACUCUCAGCGUAACGUUGUACGAAGAAAACGCAAACUGGGCAAGAGAAAACCUGGCGAUGGGUGACUAUGUUUUCAUACGAAACAUGAGAGUCAAAUUGUCUGCCCGUGGCAAACUUGAGGGCGCAGUGCAUCAAGACAAAGUCAACACAUCACAAGUCGACAUACGUCGUUUGAGUAGCGCGUCAGAAAUUGCGGAAAUCGAUAGCCGACGGAAAGAAUACGAAAGCAAACGUGGCAGUGUAACAGCUUUCGAAAAAAUACAGAGUGAAGCUAAAAAGCCUUCUGUCAAAACAUCACACAGCAAGAAGUCGGCCAAAAGAGAGCGACUGCGCGCUGAGAAAGAAGCCGAGCAGCAAGAAAUUGAAAAGAAGGCCCGUGAAUGGGAAGCCGCACGUGCUGGCUUGAACAAUAAUAUCCGAUGCGCUCACGUUGACAUGAAGUCUUCCACAAUUUCCGAAAUCAUACACAAUCCCCAUCUUCGUGUGCGCACACUUGAAAAAUGUAAUGACUAUGAACUUCCUUUUGUCAAUUGCCGUUACCGAUCUCGUGUGCGCGCAGUGGAUGUAUUCCCUCCCAAACUCGAACUCUUUGCUCACUCUCUAAAUGAUCCGAACUGGUCCAAACGAUCUGAAAAGCAUCAUGGAGACAGUACGUACUCGAAAGAACGAUGGGAAUGGGGAUUCGUACUCCUACUGGAAGAUGCAGAAAUACCUCGGGGCGGUGUGUCUGAGAAGCUGCGUGUUGUUGUGAAUAAUAGCUCAGCACAGUACCUGUUGAAGCUGAAUGCGCAAGACCUCAAGAACAAUCCCAAGGUGCUCAGACAACUUGAACAUAAAAUGUUCCUUCUUUGGGGAAACUUAAUGGAGUUGAAGACAGAAUUGAUAGCCAAAGGCUCCGAUCUCCCAUUACCACCUGGUGACAACCGUUUGCAGAACAAGCCUUUUGACACAUGCAUAGAAGAGUAUGGCUGCGAGGUACCCGUCACGGAGGACCACCCGUUUGGUUAUCAGCGCAUGCAUAGCCUGGCACUGACGACGAUCAUGGAUUGA